AUGACAGGGGGUCACUCUGAGAGUCGGGCGGCUGCGCCUCUACUGUCCCGCGUGCCAUUUUUGUCCAAGUUGAAGUUUCUCUGCCUUCAUGUGUUUUGCGUGCUUGUCGUAGACCCCGUGCUGCGGCUGACAAGCUUCUUCAGUCGUGCCCAGGUUGCGACAGAGGCAAUGGCUGCGCACGGCUCUCUUCAUGCGAAGUCGUUCUUUAUGCUGGAUAGACUGGACAAGGUGCCGUACGCGGAUCCUCCGUACACUGGGCAUGUCGGCACCAUCCUCUGCGCUUUCCGUCCCCACCGGCACAUUCCGUAUCUGCGCGUGAUCCACCCCAGCGCGGACGGCAACCCGAUGUACUUGGACUGGCUGCUCACAGAUUCGCGCCAUGCUAAAGGAGUUUUCCUCAUAAUCCCUGGACUCGCUUCGUGGUCGGGUACCAACUACAUCGAGCACUUCGUGUGGUUCGCCUUUACCCACCACUUUCAUUGCGGCGUCUUUAACUCGCGCGGAAUGGGUAACACGCCCAUCGAGACACCGCGGCUCAUGUCCGGCAAGUGGACAGACGACUUGCGCGCCGUUUUGCGCGACGGGCCGUUCUCGCGUGCCGCCAUUGAAAAACGCUGUGGCGCUGGUAUCCCUAUUAUCGGUGUCGGUUUUAGCCUGGGUGGCGUGAUUCUCUCCAAGUACGUUGGCGAGGAGUGCCUUGCGGGGCGCGAUCUAGUCAUGGAUGCGGUAAUGGUCGUGAACUCCCCUCUCGACUGCCUCGACUCCACCGCCCUCAUGAGUCAAGGCAUCAGCAAAGUCCUUUAUCAGCCAAGCAUGACAGGGGGCCUGACGGCGUAUGCUCGGCGACACGCCAAAGUGCUGAAGGAUCUCCCCGGGCUUUCCCCGGAUGUGCGCGCCGCCUUUGCUUCGGGGUGCCUGGAGAAGGUCCUAGCGCAGGUGAAGACUGUGCGCGACUUUGACCGCUUCAUCACUGCCCCGACACUGGGAUUUGCGACACCGGAGGACUACUAUCAUCACAUCUCCCCGAUUGAGUGGUUGCCGCACUUUUCUGUACCUGUCCUGUGCAUCAGCGCCGCCGACGACCCGGUGUCAGGAGAGCCGCCCAUGGCGAAUUUGGCUAACACCAUGCAGUCCAACCCUAACGUGGCGCUGCUCGUCAUUCCGCACGGCGGCCACCUCGGCUACAUUCGCAGCGUAUGGGACGAGUGGCUCGGAACGGAGACGGUGAUGGAGAAAAUCAUCUACGAGGUGGCGGCUGCCAUCACGCCAAGGCACUAA